UCGCCCAAACCGAUAUAGAGAUAGCAAGAGGUAUGCAAUUUCAAAAUCAACAUGUUACUCUCUCAGAGUCAGUGGGUAUCUCGUUCUCUCACCAAAUCACUUUUCUCCAUUCCCAUAACCUAUGCAUCAAUCUCCCCUCAAAGAUUUUGGUGCCAUUCAUUACCACAUUCCACCAAAGAUGGUGUCAAGCAUGUUUUUGAUGAACCUGAACUUAAAAUAUUGAAGCAGAAAAUGGAACCACUUGGUAUUACCUUAGAUAACUCUUGUUUUCCUGGGAAGUACCAUAACCUUUUUUGUCCAAAGUGUAAAGGUGGAGAGUUAAUGGAGAGGAGUUUAUCUUUUCACAUUAUCACUGAUUGUGAAUUUGCAAUGUGGAGGUGUUUUAGGCCUACAUGUGGUUGGGCUGGUCAGGUAUUUGCAGAUGACAGGGAAUUGGUGAAUAAACCUUUUGGACAUAUGGAUGAGAAGAGCUUAGGAUUGGAACCACUUGGUCCUAAGCUUGUUGCUUACUUUAAGGAGAGACUGAUAUCAGAGAAAACCUUAAGGAGAAAUGCUGUAAUGCAAUUGUCGGACCAGAAGAACGUUAUUGCUUUUACCUAUAAACGAAAUGGGUUGCUUGUUGGUUGUAAGUACAGAACAAUGGAGAAAAGAUUUUGGCAGGGAAAUGGCACAGAGAAGGUACUUUAUGGACUUGACGACAUUACUCACGCAACUGAAAUCAUCAUUGUUGAGGGGGAAAUUGAUAAGCUUUCACUUGAAGAGGCUGGCUAUCUAAAUUGUGUUAGUGUUCCCUUCGGUGCGCCUGGAAAGGUUUCUUCAAAAGAUUUGCCACCAAUAGAAAAGGAUACUGCAUAUCAAUACCUGUGGAACUACAAAGCGUACUUGGAUAAGGCGGUUCGCAUUAUUCUGGCAACUGAUAAUGAUCCACCUGGUCACGCUUUAGCAGAAGAGCUGACUCGGCGCCUCGGACGAGAAAGGUGUUGGCAAGUACGAUGGCCAAAGAAAGACGAAUCCACCUUCUUCAAAGAUGCAAAUGAGGUUCUCAAAUACAUGGGAGCUGAUGCAUUGAAGAGAAUAUUUGAAAAUGCAGAGCCAUAUAGUAGUACACACUAAUUCCAUGAUUUCUACCUAAUGUGAAGAUGGUUGUAGUGAAAUGUGGCUGAUAUACCUUGAUCGGUGGUCUACAUCCCGUCGUCAAGAACUCUUUUCAGAUUGUUCCACCUAGAUUUAAAUAUUUGUUUACAACAAUAUAGUUAGUAACAUGUAAUAUCUAUACAUAAAUAACGACCCAAAACGUUGCAUGACACCAGCAUAUAGAAUAUUCCAUAGGAUGUUUGUAUUUUAGACCUUAGAAUAUCAGAGGAAGGUAUCAGAAACCAAUGGCCUUCUAAAAGACAUGCAAAUAUACCAUAAAUGAACACAGGUGUUAUCAAAUUUAUUAAUGCGAGUCCAUUCCGUGUUAUUAUGA